AUGGACGCCGCCACCGCGCCGCGCGCCGCCCCGCGCGAGCGCCCCUUCCCGCUGCUCGUCUUAACGGGACUCUGCAUCCUCAGCUUGUUGUCGGUCGUCGCAGGCUGGCUAGCGGAUCGGGUUAGGGGUCCGGUUAAGACUUCAGCUUCUUGUGGGCGCUCAGUGGCUGGAGACGAAUUCACCAAUGCUCAACCUCUCAAAGACGCGCAAGCAGGCGGCUGUCCGAAUAUCGAGGACCCAACCACGUUGCGCCACGUGUCCUUCGAGCUGGCCAGCUCAAUAAGCACGUGGCCCUCCCGGCAGGAGCUCGUGAAGCUGUGGUGGAGGCCGGGGCAAACGAGGGGACACGUGUGGAUCGAUAAGAAGGAGGUCAAAGCAAAACGGCACGGCAUCAAACAGCAGCGUCUGUCCGGUAGCAUCGGAGAGCACCCGGAGAUCAAGGUGGGCACUUUAGGCAGCGUCCUGUUCGAACUUGUUAUCAUUUUAGAUCUCUUGGGGCCCAAAGUCUCCGAAGACGUGUCCCGUUUCGCCUCCUUUCCGAAAGCGCGCGCACACGCUGUCCGCAUCGCGCGCGUAGUCGUGGAGGCCGCCCGGUUGGACCUCCCGGGCGUCCGCUGGUUCGUCAUGGGCGAUGACGACACCAUCUUCUGCCUCGAGAACGUGGUGGACUUGCUCAGCAGGUACGACCACCGUGCGCAGCUUUAUAUCGGCUCCCAGUCCGAGUCGCAGUACGCCAACCUGAAGCACGGCUACGGCAUCGCGUUCGGCGGCGGCGGCUUCGCGGUGAGCGCGCCGCUCGCGGCCGCCCUGCGCGCGAGCAUGGACGCGUGCAUCAAGCGCUACCCGGAGCUGGAGACGAGCGACAUGUGGGUCGGCGCGUGCGCGGCGGAGCUGGGCGUCAGCGUGACGUCAGAGAGGGGCUUCCACCAGAUGGACCUGUACGGUGUAAACGGGUUCUUGGAGGCUCUCCCCACGACUCCGCCACUGUCGCUGCACCACCUGCCGGCAAACCCGGCGGUGUUUCCGGACAUGGACCAAAUGGGCGCCAUACGCCGCCUGGUCAAGGGCAUGGCGGCCGCGCCCGCGCUCUUCCUACAGCAGGCGCUGUGCUUCGACCCCACGCGCAACGCGACGCUGUCCGUCGCGUGGGGCUACUCCGUCAAGGUCUUCGCCGGAAUCCGGUGUGUGCGCGACCUCGUGCGGCCAGCGCGGACCUUCGGCAUCAUGGCGCACGGGUUCGGGGACAACCCCGCCAACCUUGCGAUGGACACGCGGACGCCCGAGCCGUGGGCCACGUCGCAGUGCGGCCUUCCUUUCGUGCUCCACGUGGACAGCGUCUCCCAGAUCGACGGCCAGUACGUCGAAAGCACGUACAGCCGCCACGUGGCGUCCAAUCAGACCGAGUGCGCGGCCGCCAUCGCGCGGCUGAAUCGGGUUAGGGUCAUCGCGGAGAAGACGUUUAGGCCUAAACCUGGUGGGUUAAGCAGGGGUUCCAUGACCAGACGGUUGUGCUGCCAUUCGAUGGUCUACCAAGAAGGGACGGGGGAGAUGCAGCUGGAACUGGGUCAGUGCAAACCCGGGCAAACCAUUGCGACGCCCGUAACCGAUCUGGGAAAGUUGCAAGUCGGCCCUCGCAACUGA